AAAAAGUCUCUGGAUGAGCGAGCUUGCCAAGGUCGCAGGCGGCCUCGCGCGCUUCGGCGGCCUCGUCUUCUGUGCGCUGCAGCUCGGCGACGUGGUGCUCUGCGUCGGACCGAGUAUGCUUCCGACGCUCAACGAGCAUGGCGACAUCGUGCUCCUGGACAAGAUCACCCCGCGCUUCCGGCGCCUGCGGAACGGCGAGGUCGUGAUCGCCAAGUCGCCUUCCAACUUUCGCCAGACGGUAUGCAAGCGCAUUGUGGCGUCCGAGGGCGAAACCGUCGGCCUCAAGCAUCGCUACAAUUCGAGUCGCAUUGAAAUGAAGACUGUGCCCAAGGGGCACGUGUGGCUCGAGGGUGACAACAAGAAGGACUCGCACGACUCGCGCUACUACGGCCCCGUUCCGUACGCACUCAUCCAAGGGCGCGUCGCCUUGCGCAUUUGGCCGCUCACGCAACUCGGGAGCCUUGCUACGCCGCUGACGACCGAUUAAUUUAGCCCGCAUGAUGAUGAUGAUGAUGAUGAUGAUGUAACGACGACUGCAAUGCACUUCGGCGCGUGGUGUGCUGGUGUAUGGAG